GUCAAUGUUGUUGCUAAAAAUUUAGGCGGUUGAAAAAUAAAUCGGAAUAGAAUAACAUAAAACACAUACAUAAAAAUACUUGCAAAGUAAAAAAUGGCAUUAAAUCAAUUCAUGCACCCAAGAAAUAUAUAUAGAACACCUCCUGAUUUUGUGAAAUUAUUCAAAGAGUUUGAAGAUUUCUCUACAAUUGCUAAAAUGGACGUUACGGGAAAAGUUAGCAUUGACUUUAAGGAUACAAGGGCUCUAAGAGUUUUAACAAAAUGUUUAUUAAAAUCUGACUUUGAUUUGGAUGUUGUUAUACCGGAAGAUAGAUUGGUGCCGACACUUCCAUUGCGCCUUAAUUAUAUUUUAUGGAUUGAAGAUUUAAUGAUUUCCAUUAACAAGGAAUAUAUUACAGGUUUAGAUAUAGGUACAGGAGCUUGUGCUAUAUAUCCAUUAUUAGCAGCUAAGAAAAACAAUUGGAAUAUGGUUGGAACAGAAAAGGAUGAAGAUAGUUUGAAAAUGGCCUCGGACAAUGUUGAAAGAAAUAAUUUACAACACCUUAUUAAAUUGAAGAAGAAUACAACUGCAUCACUGGUUGAACAUUUGUUUAUGGAGGACAAUGGUUUGAGAUUUGAAUUUUGUAUGUGCAAUCCUCCAUUCUAUAGUAACAUACAAGAGGUUCUGGAUUCACGAAGCCCUGCAAGACCACCACCUAAAAAUGCAUUUACGGGAUCACCCCAGGAGCUGAUUACUGAAGGUGGAGAGUUGGAGUUCUGUAGAAAUUUGAUCAAAGAAAGUGCCAAAUUCAAAAAUCAUAUUCUUGUAUUUACAACAAUGAUUGGACACAAAUACAACAUGAAAGAACUUUUGCUUGAUCUUAGAGCUGAAGGAAUCAAACAUACUACUACAGAAUUUUGCCAAGGGCGUGUUACUCGAUGGGGCAUAGCUUGGACAUAUCAAGACUAUGAUCUAUACAAUUUAGUACCACCAAGAGAUAAGCCUAGGAAGAAAAGUAUUCCAAUAACAUUUGUUGUGCCUGAAAUAUCAAAUCUACCAUAUGAUGUAGAACAUAUGGUUGAAAAAGUUCAACAAUUGUUUGACAGCCUGAAUAUCCAAUACAAAAUUAUUACAAAAAGGCGAAAUGAAACAGUUCUGAACUUUUAUGCAACAACAAAUACGUGGACAAACCAAAGACGUAAGAGAAGACUUUUAAAGAAAUUAGAAGAAACUAUGUCUAAAAAGCAAAAAUUAGAAAACCAUCAUGAAUGCGAAACAAGUACUUCAGAUUUAAGCAUUGAUGAAAAAUCAAAUGUAUGUAAUGAAAUCACAGAUAUAGAUACAGCUUGUAGCACAGUAUUGACUGAUAAAACGGACACUGAAACGAAAGACACUGGGAAGCCAAUAGUGCAAGGAAUUCUUAAAGUUAGUAAUAAAGAAAAAACAGUUGUAUUUGAAAUGGAAUAUCUUGAAGGCAGUGCUGGAAAAGAAGGUAUUCAUCAGAUAUUGCAAUAUAUUAAAAACAAUUGGAAGUAA